GUCGUAACAAUAGCAACGAAAUGGACUCGAAAAUAAUUUUUUCCGUCCUCGUUGUGAGCGUAUUGGUUUUGAGCCUUGAGGCAAAACCACUGGUCGAAAAUAUCGACGAGACUGCCACUGUUAAAAACAAACCCACUGAUGGGGACUUUUCUACUGCCGUGGCAGAAAAAGACGUAGAAACAAACAGAGAGGAUGCUGCACUCGCUGUGUUACCAAUAGAAGAAGUAUCCGCAACGGGCACGCAAACAGCCGGGGAAAAUCCCAACUCAUUGGACAAAUUCAUAAAGACAGUCUCCGACGGAAAAGAUAAAGUUGUGGAGGUUGUGAAAGGGUGGUGGUCUAAGAUUGCUUAA